AAUUUUGCGAAAUAUAAUAUUUAUUGGAUUUUCCGACAUUUUUCGUGUGUUUUAUGAAGUGAUUGACUCUUUGGACACUUAAACAAACUUUUUCAUCAUAAAUACCAAAAGGAUUUUAUAUUUAAUUUUCAUCUCAUAUAACAUUUCUGAAGCUAACGGUGCCCUACUAUACUGUUCACUGAGGUGUUAAUACCGGAGCCCGGAAUUGGAUGAAAAAGCAGUCGUUUCUUACACAAGCGAUCAACCAAUUGGCCAAUUCAUAGACUACUGGACCCCAACACUGACCGUACCGUUCAAUAGAGGAAUGACAGACAAUAUAAAUUAAGUUUCCGGAGGAUGGAAGAUGUCGUCUGGGACUUGAGCUCAAUAGCCGAGGAGGACUUCGACCAGUUAGCCGUGUACUUAGUGCCCGACCAACCAUGUGAUGAUAGCACACAUACCAGUGCUACAAACCGCGCGGAGGCCAGUCUGCCCCGUAAUUUAGUACUUAAGCCCUCGCAAACACUCAGCGAUGUUCUUGGUGUUUGGAGCACAGAUUACAUACCCCGAGGCACGCGCUUUGGGCCGCUUGUUGGCGACGUGUACGCCAAGGAUGGAGUUCCCGGCGACGCGAACCGCAAAUACUUUUGGCGCGUGUAUACCGGCGCCGACAGCUACCACUACGUGGACGGGUACGACGCGUCGAAAGCCAACUGGAUGCGUUACGUCAAUCCGGCGUAUAGUAACGAGAGCCAAAACCUGGUGGCGUGUCAGGUCAACCGGUCCAUCUACUUCUACACCAUUAAGCCGGUGCUCCCCAACCAGGAGCUACUCGUCUGGUACUGCAAGGAGUUCGCCGAACGACUCAAUUACCCGCUGACGGGCGAGCAGAUGCUCAACAGAAUAAGGCAACAACUGAGUCCCGACACGAAGGAGUACUUCAUGGGUGGCGCUCAGACCCGACUGACCCCCACGACGGAGGGCAGCACCCGGUCGGACGAGGGCUACCACAGCAACGGCUUCCACGACGACCACCUGACCCCUCCCGAGGACUCGUCCGACUCGGACGCCGACGACAACUAUGUGCUCGACUUGCGAGCGGUUAAGACGAAGAAGUCGUCGGACAGGACGGACCACAUGAAGGAUAAGCUGCUGAAGGCCUCCUCCAAAACAGAGGUAACCGACCCGUCGGUGUCCAGCGGUGGUCACCGAUCACUGGUUCGGCAGAUAAUUAACAGACAAUUCCUGUGCCGACAGAUUGAGGACAACGAGUUCCGGAUGGUUAAGAUAAAGAUGCCGAAGGCCUACCACUACCGCACAAGCGCCGGUAGCCCUCCCAAGAGGUCCGUCAGCGCCGUUACGCCCGAUGACGACGAGGAGGACCGAAAAAAGCGGGAACCGGUGGUCGACUCGUCGACAAUGAGAUACUCGGCCGCCGAGCCCUCGAGUCCCACAUACGGCGCGUCGCCUAAGUUCGCGGCCGAAGAUCGCGUGUCGACCCCCGCCAGUGGUGUCGACCCGCCGAAGCCCAUUACGGGAGGUCUGGCGCCAGCCGUCGCCCACUGUUCGCCACCACCGCCGCCGCCCUCCACGUCCUCCCCGAAGGGAUCGCCCGUUGAGUCGGCCUUUUCGGUGGUCCCCGAAGGCAUGUUUCAGCGCAUUUCCAACGGCAACGGCGCCGGCAGUCAGACGAGUCCCAAGUCGGCCGCCGCCACCAGCGGCGCCGGUAUUCUCGAGAAUCUGCUGAUCCAGAGGCUGCACGCGGAACGGGUGGCCGCAGCCAUUCAGAUAGCCGUCACGUCGGCUAACGGCGUGUCGGGCGCCGGUGUGUACGCGGCUAACGGCGCCCCGAAGUACAACGGGUCGACCAAAGAGCCCGUGCGGGUCAUUGUGAACGGAGAGGGCGUUAACAAUAAGUCGCCGCCCAAUGAGACUAACGGCCCGUCACCGAACGGACACCAUAACCAUCACCAUAACAACCACCAUCACCAGCAACAAUCACCUAACGGCAGCACCGGAAGGUCUUCAGAGGGACAGACAUCGAGGGGUCACAUGAUAUACCCGCAUAAGAAGAGCUACGGGCGCUUCCAUAGCGGCCACAGCCCUGAGAUGCGUAGCCCCGACUCGACCGAUAAGACUAAUCACGCUCUGAACGCAGCUUUAGGUGGUGGCCGAUCACCGCCCGGUGCUGGCUAUCACCCACCGGGUGCGCCGGCCAACUACCUGUACGUGAACGGCAUGACUCCGUUAUUCUCACCCGGACACUUCAAUAUGUACGCCUACUCGGCCAUGACAGCCGGCUUACACCCCAAUCCCGGCGCCGACUCCCUGCACGGCCACCACGGCCUGAAUGGUAGGCCACAGAACGGCGGUUCAACAGGUGCCCACCACUAUCACCCGCACCCGAAGCUACCGGCGCUGGGCUGCGAGUACCCGACGGCCCACUCGUUGUUACAGCGAUCGCCGCAACAGGCGAUUGACCCGAAGUCGCCGUACGCCGUGUCGGCGCGCAGUAACGGCUCCCCAUCGCCGCCGUCCAGCAUAGCCUCCAUAUCGGGGUCGGGCGGUCCCUACUCGCCCAACUCGUCCACUAAUCGAGGCUACCGUUCCCUACCGUACCCGUUGAAGAAAAAGGACGGCAAAAUGCACUACGAGUGCAAUGUGUGCUACAAAACGUUUGGCCAGUUAUCCAACCUGAAGGUCCACUUACGCACCCAUUCCGGGGAACGGCCGUUCAAAUGCGGCACUUGUAGCAAGAGUUUCACGCAACUGGCUCACCUCCAGAAGCACCAUUUGGUACAUACGGGCGAAAAGCCCCACCAGUGCGAUGUGUGUCACAAGAGGUUCAGCUCCACGUCUAACCUCAAGACACAUCUGCGCCUACACUCCGGGCAAAAGCCGUACGCCUGCGACCUCUGCCCCGCGAAGUUCACGCAAUUCGUGCACUUGAAGCUCCAUAAGCGCCUACACACUAACGAGAGGCCCUACACCUGUCAGACGUGCAAUAAGAAGUACAUCAGCGCCAGUGGUCUGCGGACGCACUGGAAGACCACGUCGUGUCAGCCCAACCAAGUGAAUGGCGAGUACCUGGACAUUGAGCUGACCCGGGGGUCGAGCGCCUACUCGAACGGCGCCUACUCCGAGAACGGGGAGCGCCGGUAUCGUCAGUUGGACGGCUCCCUCAACGGCUACGAGGAGGAGGAGGAGGACAUGGAGGAGGAUAUGGAUGAGGACAUCGAUUGCGUCGAUGAGGACGAGGAGAAUGAAAGCAUACGGAUAGACGAUGACGAGGACUCCCGGCCCCCUCACUCACCCACCCCUUCCCGACACUCCACACUCUCGACUAAUGGUACCAAUAGUACGAUUCGGUCGGCGCUGAGCAACGGCACCGGUAGUCUGAAUGGCGGUGUCGGUGAGCACACGAACGGCAAUAGUCCGGUCAUCCAAGCGCUGGUAGGUUUGGCGACAGCGGCGGCCGCCAGCGCCGGCGUUACCGACGAGCACUUGAGUAAGUCGUGUACGACAGCGGAAAGGGAGCGCUCGCAGGCUGUCGGCGCCAAUGAGCUAAAGUCGGCGCCUGAGUGUAAAGUAUAG